AUUUGAGUUGGCGGUGAACUGACUGAGGUCAUAGGUCAUGGUUUCAGAAGUUCCUAAGAAGUCUAUAUUCCACAGGAUUGCUGAUUCAAUUACAGGGUUUGUGCCGUCAUCAAUCUUACAAGGGGUCAGUGUAAGUACCAAGUCUCAUAUAACCACAUCUCAGGUUACUCCUGGGAAAUCCGGUGACCUACAUACCGAUGUCAAGCCUAAUCUCAAAAGAACAAACGAUGUCCUUGACCAUCUGAGUGAGUUGGGACCAAAGAAUAAUGUGUGGGGCUCCAAAGAUCACUUUAUGGGAUAUCCGAAUGUUGACCUUGACGCUACAGAUAAAUCAGAAAGUGAAUGCAGUCUACACUCCUUCUCUACAAGUGGAGUUUCGUCGUUAAUGCCUAAGUCUUGGCUAUUGGGGUACAGAAAAGACCAAAGCAAAUCUCUGUCUAAUCGCACGGGUUUUUGCUCAGAAAGUCAUACUAAUAUUCGGAAUGUGAGCAGUCCAGUAAAAACAGACUAUCGUAAACAAUCAACUUCAUGUCAAAACUCCCUAAGCGAUCUUAUGUAUUGUCAUCACCCCGCCCCAAAGCGCCAGCGCUUGUCCACUGCAUCAAACCGUAGUCCAUAUUCUUGUCAGCCUCGCUUUGGAACUACUUACGGGGGGGCUGCUAGUUGUCACAGUGCGCGAGAACUUUUCGGGUUUACGACACCGUUAAAAUUCGACCUACAAUCAGAUCGAAACCCCGAACUCAGAAAUAGUCCAAAUGCAAAUUUGAGCUCUACUGCUCGAAGAAUUCUAGAAACAUUGGAAAAUUUGUCAACUCCACUUACUUCAGGUUAUCUACAGUCUACUGUACUAAGACAUGUAAAACAGGUUAAAAGUCGUGUUAAAUCUCAUCGGUUUGCACCGUUCUCAAAAAAUUAUGAAAAAGUUGAUUCUCUUCGUAAAGAUUCCAAGUUGUACUCAUUUUGUGAAAACCAAGUUCAAAAUACUGUGCAGCCUCAGAUUUCGUCAAAGUCAGAAGUAUGUAUCGAGAGAUCACAAAGUCAAAAAUGCAUCACUGUCGAUUAUUUAAUAAACACAGUUGAACCCAUUUCGGAGAUGUGUAAAACAAAAGGAAACAUGUUAUUACCCGUAUACACAUUUGCAGAUCCAAUUCACAAGUAUUCUCAAAGGGGUCGCAAACCUAUUCUGUUCCCCACAGCUCACAAAGAAUAUUUUUUUAGCUGUCCUAGUCGUUCUUGUCUUAAAUGUUCCGCAAAGUCAGUUGGCUUGAAAUCCAGUAUACAACAAUUCAGUGAUGAAAAUAUUUGUCCCGCUAAGCCGAAAA